AUGGACGCCUCAGUGUAUACUCUGAACAGCGGAGAUGUGAAGGAAGAGAGAGAUAGGCUUGACUGGCAACACAACAUCUUCAAAGCUAUUUUUGAGGGCAACUUGCUCCCCAGUGAUCUAGAAGUCGAGCUGAAAUCGGCCGAUUCACUCGCGAUUGCCGACGUUGCAACGGGAACAGGCGUCUGGCUUCGGGAUCUGGCGCGUCAGCUACCCAACUCGGCUCGCCUAGAUGGUUACGACUACGAUACCUCCAAGUUUCCUGCUGAAGAUACCGUCGCUUCAAACAUCAAGUUUCACUUUGCCGACGCUUUGCAGCCAUUUCCUGACCAUUUACACGGUACUUACGAUCUGGUUCACAUCCGCCUCAUGAUGUAUUCUUUCCGGCGAGACGAAAUGCAACUUGCCACGAAAAAUGUCAGAGAUUUGCUCAAGCCGGGAGGCUGGAUAGUGUGGGAAGAUACCGGCUACAACUCAUGGACCUCGCUUCCCAUGGGACCAAACUUUGCAAGCUUCAUCGGACUUGAUUUCAGAUACGCAACACAGGUGGGCCGAGACACAUUAAUGCCGCUUAAUUUAAAAUCGCUUUUUGAGCAAGAGGGUUUUGUCAACUGCAGUGAGAAUAUCUUUAGCAUGUUCAAGGUAGGUGGUGGGAAAGAAACAGGGGGCAUGGUCACUAUUCGCGUGGCUCGGCAAUCACUGAUGGGGAUGAUCGAAAAGGGAGGGUUUGAGGUUAUUCAAACUGAGGAUGAUGUCGAGAAGACUAUCCAUGGACUUCUCACGGAGCUCAAUCAGGGUCAUCGGAUGGGGAUGGCGAUGUCGCGCGUCGUUGGCCAAAUACCC